CUGCGCGAAAAGCAACACUUCCUUUUGUGAGUGGCGGCGGAGUUGGACGGACUGCCAUGAAGGCGUCGGGCACGCUUCGGGAGUAUAAAGUGGUGGGGCGCUGCCUGCCCACCCCAAAGUGCCACACACCACCCCUGUACCGAAUGCGCAUCUUCGCACCCAACCAUGUGGUGGCCAAGUCCCGGUUCUGGUACUUCGUGUCCCAGCUGAAGAAGAUGAAGAAAUCAUCCGGGGAGAUUGUGUACUGCGGGCAGGUGUUUGAGAAGUCGCCGCUACGGGUGAAGAACUUCGGCAUCUGGCUGCGCUACGACUCCCGCAGCGGUACACACAACAUGUACCGAGAGUACCGGGACCUGACCACCGCUGGUGCGGUCACCCAGUGCUACCGUGACAUGGGUGCCCGGCACCGUGCCCGCGCGCACUCCAUCCAGAUCAUGAAGGUGGAAGAGAUUGCAGCGGGCAAGUGUCGCCGGCCAGCUGUCAAGCAGUUCCACGACUCCAAGAUAAAGUUCCCGCUGCCCCACCGUGUGUUGCGGCGCCAGCACAAGCCGCGCUUCACCACCAAGAGGCCCAACACCUUCUUCUAGACCCAGAGACCCGCAGAAUAAAAGUCUUGAGCGUC